CUCACAGAGUCUGCUGAGCCCAGAGCUUUGCACUGCAGGCAUUGCUCGGUGCAGAUCUGUAACUGGAGAGGGGAUCAGAUAGAUCCCAACGUAUCCCCCCUGGGUGAGAUCACCUUCCCACCCACCUCCCUCCAUCCAUCAAAGGUGGCUCCAUUCAUCAGCAGCAUUUAUAGGGGCCAGCCAGGAACCACUCAACUUCCACUUCCUACUCAACUUAGGACCCGGGCUCCCCUUAGGCUGACCUUAGGACGGCUCCUGCAGGAUUUUAGGAAGAGCGGAUCUCCUCUUGUGUGUCUGCAACUUUUGCCAAGGAACUUGCCCAGCACCUGUCCAUCUCUGUGACUGACCUUGGACUUUUAUUACGGAAAGACCUGCGAAGGAGGAGUGCCGCACUUCGGAGAAAAGCGACCUGCGAUCUACAAGGGUGCCACGGGGAGCCUGGCAUGGCCGGAGGGAUGUGUGUUACUCUGCUGCUCCUGCUCAGUGCCAUAACUGCAGGAAGCAGGAAAAGCUUGAGGAGACGUGGGCAGCAGCUGGUACCCAGCAGCCGGGAGCGGACGGACGGAGGCGGGGAGAGCUUCCCAUUAGAUUUUACUGCGGUGGAAGGGAACAUGGACAAUUUCAUGGCUCAGAUCAAAAACCUAGCACAGUCGCUGUACCCGUGUUCAGCCCAGCGGCUGGAUGAGGAGAUGAAGUUACAUCUUUUGCACAACCAGUCCAUUACCUGCAAUGACGGGAGCCCAGCCGGUUACUACCUAAAAGAGUCCAAAGGGAGCCGGCGGUGGCUCGUCUUCUUGGAAGGUGGCUGGUACUGCAUCAGCCGGGAGAACUGUGACUUGCGCUAUGACACCAUGAGGAGGCUCAUGAGCUCAAAUGGGUGGCCGUCCACGAAAACCGCUUCAGGGAUUUUGUCAACCCAACCCGAAGAGAAUCCACAUUGGUGGAACGCCAAUAUGGUAUUCAUCCCAUACUGUUCCAGCGAUGUCUGGAGUGGAGCCACUCCCAAAUCUGAGAAAACUGAUUAUUCUUAUCAGAAUGGGUUGCAUACCUUUUUAAUAAUUUCUGUAAUUGUGUAUCUCUGUUCCAUCUCGUGUUCUAGUGCUGGUGGAACCGGCGUCCUUCUGAACGUGGACAUGGUGGCAGAGCAGCUGGAAGAACUGGGCUACCCUGGGAUCCAGGUCCGGGGCCUAUCAGACUCUGGAUGGUUCCUUGAUAACCAGCAGUACAGGAGGACGGACUGCACGGAUAUCAUCACUUGUGCCCCCACGGAGGCCAUUCAGCGAGGAAUAAGGUAUUGGAAUGGAGUCGUCCCGGAGAGGUGCAAGCAGCAGUUUAAAGAAGAAGAAUGGAACUGCUUUUUUGGCUAUAAGAUCUACCCGACCCUGAGAAGUCCAGUGUUUGUGGUCCAGUGGUUGUUUGAUGAGGCACAGUUGACAGUGGAUAAUGUACAUUUGAGUGGGCAGCCAGUACAGGAGAACCAAUGGAAUUAUAUUCAAAAUUUAGGUCGCGAGCUGAGGAACACUCUGAAGGAUGUUGGGGCGAGCUUUGCUCCUGCGUGUCUGGCUCAUGAGAUUAUUACACGUAGUCACUGGACAGAAGUUCAGGUUCGUGGCACCUCUCUCCCCCGCGCUCUGCACUGUUGGGACCGCAGCCUACAAGAAAACAACAAGAACAGCAAGACUCCGUUAAAGGGUUGCCCCUUCCACCUCAUGGACAGCUGCCCCUGGCCACAGUGUAACCCCACCUGCCCCUCCAUCCGGGACCACUACACGGGUCAGGAGAUGAGUGUGGUCCAGUUCCUCAUGCACCUCGGAUUUGAUGUUCAGAAAAUGGCCAGUCAGCAAGGCAUGGAGCCGGGAAAGCUGCUGGGAGUGCUGAGCAGCUAGUCGGGGGCAAGAGGGC